UCUCUCUCUCUCUCUCUCUGUUUGCCAUUCAAAGCAGAGAGUGGGAUUGAGGGCUGAUCCCGAUUCGUCUGUGUUUAAGCAAGUUUCGGGCAGGGAAGGUUUUUCUUGGGAGCGAUCUGAUAGCUGAGAUGUGAAAGAGCUAUUGCGGUUUGGGAGAUUAUCAAAAUUCGAUCUUAAGCAGAGUGAAGCAAUGGACAUCAAGUUCAUUUUCUUGGCAAUUUUCAUGCUUGGAACUUUUUUCUUGCUGGUAACCACCGAACCCACUGAAGAUAAACAAGCUCUACUUGAUUUUUACAGUGGCAUUCAUCUCUCACGCCAUCUCAAUUGGGUUCAGAAUUCUUCUGUCUGUAAUAACUGGACUGGAGUGGCCUGCAAUCAUGAUAGAUCUAGAGUUAUAGCCCUUCGAUUGCCUGGAAUUGGCUUUCGUGGCCCGCUUCCUUCAAACACUCUGAGUCGUUUAUCAGCACUUCAGAUCUUAAGCCUAAGAUCCAAUGGCAUAUCGGGUCCUUUCCCUUCUGAUUUUGCCAGACUCGGAAACUUAACUGCCCUUUUUCUUCAAUUUAAUAACUUCCAUGGUCCUUUGCCACCAGAUUUCUCAGUUUGGAAUAAUCUUUCAAUUAUCAAUUUGUCCAACAAUGAUUUUAAUCUAAGUAUUCCUUCUUCCAUUUCAAAUUUGACUCACCUCACUGCAUUGAAUCUUGCUAACAACUCGCUAUCUGGUGAAAUUCCUGAUCUUAAUGUACCUAGUCUGCAAUUGCUAGAUCUAUCGAACAAUAGGCUAACUGGGAGUGUGCCUCAAUCUCUUCAGAGAUUUCCCAGUUCGGCUUUCUUGGGAAAUAAUAUUUCCCCUGAAAAUUCAUCUCCUCCAUUGCCUUCAGUUCUUCCCCCCAACGCUCAACCAGUAAGCAAAUCCUCAAAACUUAGUGAGCCUGCAAUACUGGGAAUCAUAAUUGGUGGUUGCACUCUGGGGUUUGUAGUAAUUGCUUUGCUGCUGAUUGUUUGCUAUUCAAACAAACAACGAAAAAAUGAGGUCCCGAAAAAAUCCCAGAAGAAAGAAGGGAUUGUAAAGAAACAAGUUUCCAACAAGCAAGAUGGGAACAGCAGGCUUGUAUUCUUUGAGGGUUGCAAUCUUGCAUUUGACUUGGAAGAUUUGUUGAGGGCUUCUGCUGAGGUGCUUGGGAAGGGAACCUUUGGCACCACGUAUAGGGCAGCGUUGGAGGAUGCAACCACAGUGGCAGUAAAGAGAUUGAAGGAAGGAAGUGUGGUGAGACGAGAGUUUGAGCAGCAGAUGGAGGUUGUUGGAAGUAUUAGGCACGAGAAUGUGGUUGCACUAAGAGCAUAUUACUAUUCAAAGGAUGAAAAGCUCAUGGUGUAUGACUAUUACAGUCAGGGAAGCAUGUCUACCAUGUUACAUGCAAAAAGAGGCAAGGACCGUACUCCUUUAGACUGGGAAACCCGUUUGAGAAUUGCAAUUGGUGUAGCAAGAGGUAUUGCUCAUAUCCACACCCAAAAUGGUGGGAAGCUUGUCCAUGGGAACAUAAAGGCCUCAAACAUUUUCCUCAACUCCCAACAAUAUGGUUGCGUUUCUGAUCUUGGCUUGGGAACACUGAUGAGUCAAAUUACUUCAACAGUCAUGUGGAGAGCAGGGUACCGAGCCCCAGAAGUGACAGACAGCCGGAAGGUCUCCCAGGCAUCUGACGUUUACAGCUUUGGGGUCCUGCUGCUUGAACUUCUUACUGGAAAGUCCCCCAUACCUACCACGGGUGGCGAGGAAGUUUUCCACUUGGUCAGAUGGGUUCAUUCUGUUGUUCGAGAAGAGUGGACAGCUGAGGUGUUCGACGUUGAGCUUUUGAGGUAUCCUAAUAUAGAGGAGGAGAUGGUGGAGAUGUUGCAAAUAGGCAUGACUUGUGUGACGAGGAUGCCAGAACAGAGGCCGAAAAUGCAAGAUGUAAUGAAGAUGGUAGAGGGUAUUAGAAGGGUCAAUACUGGUAACCGGCCAUCUACCGAAGGUUCAACGCCAACUUCUUUGACACCACCUGUGGUUGAACUAGGAUCCUCUUCUGUUUCAUAGUGAGAUUCGUACUAGGGUGAGUAGUUGUGAUGCCAUUUUUUUUUUCUUCUUUUAGGUUCUUCAUUACCACAGUCAGUCUUCCUAAAAUCUGUAGUACUUUUUGAGUCUGUGUAUGUUGGUUUUCUUUGACAUCAGUUUACCUACCUGAUCCAGCUAAAAGCCCAAAAGUCAGGUUGGUUUACUGAAUUCUUUGAUGGGGACUGGGUUUAUUAUAGUUUUGAGUGAUGCUGAAUAAUGGAACCUUCUCCUUCUCUCCCUGCUUGUAUCCACUGUAAUAUGAUUG